GUGAUGAUAUCUGUAAAGGUGAUAGAAUGGUACAAAUAUUGAUAAAACAUUGAACCUGGCACCACUGACGCAGACGUUUAAUUUUUUGGUUGUCAACAAACGUGAAGCAGGAAGAAGAAGACGAAGCACGAAAAAAUCGGUGUGGUUGCGGUCAAGCAAAUUUGUGCGCUAUUUCGUCGGAUUCGCGCGGAACUUAGUUUUCAACACAGUCCGGGAGACGGAACUAAGUUUUGUUCAGCAGUCGCAAUGUUUGUGCGGCAGUUCUGUGAGCGUUCCGUUAGUUCCAGUCAGGAACUAGACCGAUCUUUGAAGCGGCUGGAUGAAGAUGUAAAACGCCCUGGAAGAAUUUCGGGCCGAGAUCUGGAAGAUGUUCUAGAGGAAAUGAGAAUUAACCGUUUCGCUUCCAGCGCUCAAUAUUAACUGGUUUUUCGUUGUUGCGGUAACCUCCCAAGCAACCAGAAUUCCCUUAAAAAGGUUCCAUAGAAGCUUAAUCAGCUCUCGUUUGUGUCUGAAGAGAAUGCUAAUCAGCCCAAAAUUUAAGUUCUUAAAGCUACUUUCAAGUUCGUUUAGGGGGCUGUAGAGAACGCUAUUCAGCUCCUAAGAGAAUGUCAAGAAACUUCUACGCGCCGAAAAAAAAAUCCAAUUGACAGAUUGCUCUGACUACCACUUGUCAGAUUGCUAGGUUGCCGGUCUAUCAUGGUCUAUCUCAUUGAUUUUAAUUGUAUUGUUUUGAUUACAAAAGCUGCUUACACGCCUAGAGAAUUGAACCGCUGCUCUCUAGGUUGCAAUGAAACUCACCAGCCUCUCGACCAAUCCAGCAAUAGCUAAUUGCCACUGUAAUGAUAAGUAUUUAAACUUAAUGUCAUUUGAGAUGAUUGAGUGGGUUGGUCAACAGAAGGUACCUUAUUUCUUUCAAAGGACUUUCAGUACACAAUAUGAAUCAUAACAAAAAUUCGCAUCAUCAAAAAUUUAUUCGAAUAUCUUAUUUAACAUUUAUAAGAAAAAUUCGAAAAAAUCUUGAAUUCCAUUUGUAAAUAUCAGUACAGAUAUAAACAAAAAAAAAUACCAUGACAAGAAAUUGACAGACAUUUUUGACAUGUCGCUUAGAAUUCCCAUAUAGGUUCUUUAAAACACCUUCAAGUAUCUUAAUGGUGCGCUUUAGUAUGUUACGCGAACGUUAUCGACCUUCUUGAAUAACAUUUUUGACAUGUCGCUUAGAAUUCCCAUAUAGGUUCUUUAAAACACCUUCAAGUAUCUUAAUGGUGCGCUUUAGAAUGUUACGCGAACGUUAUCGACCUUCUUGAAAAACAUUUUUGACAUGUCGCUUAGAUUUCCCAUAUAGGUUCUUUAAAACGCCUUCAAGUAUCUUAAUGGUGCGUUUUGGAAUGUAACGCGAACGCUAUCGACCUUCUUGAAAGAAGUUCCAUUAAAAGCGCUUAGAAGCUCCGUUAUCGAUAGUUUAACCUUUCAAAGGGCGAUGGAAGUUCCUGAGUAACUUUUACGCGACAAGAGUCACCUGAGGUUCCCGUAAUACAUUUUUUCAGCCAAAUGUGAACUUCGGAGUUCGGAGUUAAGUAAAAACGCGACUUUUGGUUGCUUGGGCUAGUUCCAGAAGAGCUUCCCGAGGUGCGUAUAGCUCUGGUUCAGGAGAUAUGGAAAACGUUGAACAGCUUGAACGUAGCAAUGGACAUUUCCCACUACAACGCCCUUUUUCGGGUGUAUUUGGAUAAUGAGCACUCCUUCUCGCCAACGGAAUUUCUGGCGGAUCUGCAACCCAAGGGCGUUGAACCGAACCAGGUCACCUAUCAGCGAUUAUUUUCGCGCUACUGCCAAUAAGGAGCAACCAACAUCCUGGAAUUCCUGCGAGAGAAGCAGCUUCCAGUUAAUAAAUACGUUUUCAACGCUGCGUUAGGACUGCGUUGGUUAUAUUAAAUGAUAUUCAAUAAAAUGUUCCAAUUAGAAAACAAUUUCCAUUUUGAUCCGAAAAUCACCCUUAUACAUAAAAAUAUUGCGUGUGUGUGCGUGUUUUUUUCACGAACUAUUCCUAAAACGGUUUGAAUAAUGUUGGAAUAAAGUAAAGUCAAAUCGUUACACAACCAUUGACGUAAGCGUAUAGGAAUGAGAGCUCCUCGAACAAACUAUAACGAUAACAAUCCGAUGAUCUAAAUACUUUUUCAGCAAUCGGUUUUUAAACCAUACAUGGACUGCAUGUGGUACAGUUCGUCCAUACAAGUGUUUUAACGGUUAUUAACAAUUACAUAACCUAACGACAUAUUAAAAAUACUGUGAAUUUGGAAUUCACGAUUCAACCAAUGUAUUUCACAGUUCGAAUAAUCGUUUGCUAAAGGUUUUUUUACGCUUCAUCAAAUCGUCAUUUGACUAUUUAAGAAAUCGUUUGGUUAUAAUCCUUAUUUAUGCGGGUGUGUUUCCCCCGGCAGCGCUGGUGCGCAAUCCCCAAAUCUGGCUGGAAAAUCAGGCUGCCUUGUCGUCACCAUCAGCACCAGGACCAUCAGCAGAGGAGUGCAAAUUGUUUCCUCCCAAUCCAGGUUUGAUUACUGUGUGGGCGGUUGUCCGAUAGAUCCGGUAAUAAUAGCCGUAAUCGGAUAACGGAAACAUUGCACGAGUCUGAAUCCGAUUGGUCAUUCUCUCCCGGUGAAUCGAACCAUCAUCAAUCAACCGAGGAAAAAAAACAUCAUUGCUGUCGUCAUCGCCAGGGCCAGCUGCGAUCAACAGAAGAACACGUGGUUGUGUACCAAGAAAAAACACUCAAGAAAAUUAGCUUACUAAGAAGUGCUUGAAAAAAUUGUAAGUUCUUUUUUCAUUCUUUUUCACUUUUUCUUUUACUAUCUAUUUAUCUUUAUUUCGACCAUUGUUUGCUUCGUUCAUAUUUUAACAUUGGACACUCGUGUUCGUGUGAAGAAAUAUGAGUGAAGGCGGGGGGUUGAUCCCCUCAACUGAGGAUGACGAAGAUAGCGUCUAUGAGGAUGAGGAGCAUUUAGAGGAUUCGGUUGUUGCGGGUCCUUCUAAUGAUUUUCAUUCUCCAAUGGAUGAUAAUUCUGAGUCAUCCUCAGUUGAAAGUAAAGCAUCCCGACUCCGAGUUUACACAGAGAGCCCAACUUUCACUGGUCCUUGGGUGGUUUUCAUCCGGCCCAAAAAGAAUGGAAAGCAGUUGAAUGUGGUUCAGAUCACAAGAGAUCUGGCAAGGUGGUCCUCCGUAACCUGCAUUAAAAGGUGCGACCAAACAAAUUGCGAGUUGAAGUGACCAACCGGAAAGCCGAAAAUGAAAUCGCUGUCAGCAAUUUUAUAAACUUAGAGUACCACGUGUACAUUCCGUCUCGAGACGUAGAGAUCGAGGGCGUGAUUACAGAAAUGAGUUUGAAGGCAGAUUACGUGAAAUCCAACGGCGUUGGUAAGUUUAAGAGCCUCGAUUCGGCUUCGGUCGAAAUCUUGGAUUGCCGCCAACUCAGAACUGCCACCGUCGUAAAUGGAGUCAAAGGGUACUCACCUUCAGGCUCAUUUCGUGUGACCUUUGCGGGAACCGCCCUCCCUCAUUACGUCUUGAUUGACGGAAUUUUGAGGCUGCCUGUGCGACUCUUUGUUCCUCGCCCCAUGGAUUGCAAGAAUUGCAAUAAGUUGGGACACACUGCGUCGCACUGCUGUAACAAACCACGGUGUCCCAAAUGCGGGGAGAAUCAUGGGGCUGGAGCGUGCUCAGCAAUAGAGCAGAAAUGUGUCUAUUGCGGGGGCUCACCCCAUGAAAUCUCCUCGUGCGAGGCAUAUAAGAGUCGCUGGGAUAGCCAAAAGCGCUCUUUGAAGGAACGCUCAAAACGGUCUUAUGCCGCCAUUUUGAAGAGCGCGGCGCCUCCGAUCCAACCUCAUUCAAGUAACAUUUUUACUGCGCUGUCAGUUGUAGACAAUGUAGAAUCAGAUUCUACCGACGAAGAACACCCGGUCAUCUUUGUAGCCAACUCGCGAAAACGAUCAAAACCAGCACCGAAGACCCCCAAAAUUCCAGCAAAAAUCCCAACAUUUAGUCCCUCAAUUGGUAUUAAGCAAAAACCGACACCUAUAGUGAAAGAAAAACAAGUCCCUCCUGGAUUCCGUAUGAAUAUGACAUCUCAGAAUACUCCAAACAUUGCGGAAACUGCUAAGUCUUUCAUUCCUAACGUUAUUUCGCCAGAAUCAACAUCACAAUCUGGAAUUUUUAAAUUGUCCGACAUUUUAAAUGGGGUAUUUACUUUUUUUAACGUCUCGGAAUCGAUCAGGAGUAUUGUUACCUCUAUGCUCCCUGUAGUAAAGACAUUUUUGAAGCAAUUGAUGCAAACUUGGCCCCUUCUUUCAGCGUUUAUCUCUCUCGAUGGCUAAUUUAAGCCGAGAGGUCGGAGAUAUCACUGUGUUACAGUGGAAUUGUCGUAGCCUAAUCCCUAAACUGGAUCCGUUCAAAUUUCUUCUUCAUGAAACUAGUUGCGAUAUUUUUGCCCUUUCUGAAACAUGGCUUUCUUCUCAAUCAAACAUCUCAUUCCACGAAUUUAACAUCAUUCGUUUGGAUCGCAAUGAUUCUUAUGGAGGGGUGCUUUUAGGGAUCAAUAAGCGCCACUCUUUCUAUAGAAUCCACCUCCCUUUGUCAGGAGGAAUUGAAGCUGUUGCUUGUCAUACAACUAUAAGGGGUGUUAGAGUCGUUUUGACCCUACUUCCCUGCGCUAGCUCAACAGGGGAAAAUGUAUUGAUCCGGAGAAAUUUUACAACAAUAACAAUUUAAACUAUGAUUCUUGGGCGGACUUUUAAAACCUAUUUGAACUUUACAGAAACAAACAACAAGAAAGAAUAAUUUUGAAUUUUAGGGAAUGCACUUUAAAUUAAGACGCUACAAAUUGGAUGAAGAAAGACCAUACAUAAUUUUUAUUAAGAAAACUUUUCAAUUCACUUUUCUUUGUGAGUGUUCUUCAAUUUUAGGGGUUAAUGAACCAAGAGAAAAUGUGGUAAGAUUUUGGGGUUUAAUUUUGGUACUUGCGCAUUUAUUUUUCAAACUCGACGAACUCGUUGCGGCCGUUUCUCGGUGGUCGACUCGUUGGGGGACUACUGCAGGAACGACGUAACGGGAUCCGGAUGAAAACAGGAACAGGGCAGUUUCAGGAACAGGUCGGAUUGCACUUCGGGCAGUCCGAGCAACUACUCGGCCUGUUGGGCGUAGGCCUGUCGUUCACUACACGGUCCGGGGAGCUAUAGAGUUCGUGCACGAUAAAACCACGCGAGUGUCUCACGACUAUCGAGGGGCUUGUAACGGUUGGUCGGCACUGGAACUCCCAGAGGGAAUUCCCACCAGGUCUCACCACAGCCUAAAGUGCCCCUUGGGGGUUGUAACGUAGUCGGGGCACUGUCACUUGCACGACCUAAUGCACUCACGGGUCACCGGUGGUCUUUAACAAAGGGCUGAUGGUGAUUAUCGACACUGGGGGAAAACUAUUGUUCUGGGGCUCCCUUCACUAAGCCACCUCGACCGACCAGCUGGGGAAAAACGGCGUGAAGUCUUCCAACUGGCCGUUGAAUAAACUAUUCAGAUCACCACUGGAUCUACUAUAACGUGGGAAGGGGGUCAGAGCCACCCAAUUGCGGAUUAGAACGAUUGUCACGUUUUGUAAGUGACCGCGCAGUUGCUGCUCUACCUCGGACCGGAACUUGCAUAAAAAAGCCUCGCGUCUUGCGAGCUCCUUCUAUUUAUACCUUUUUUUGCCUCUCAUUUUAGCCCUGUUCCCAUUUCCCGUCGGUGAUGUUCUCGUCCCCUUCGAUGACAGCAACAUGACAGGAACAAUACAGGAACUGACAUAUAGAGGGCUGGUGUCUUAUUUUCUAACAUCUCUUUUUAUAGCGUGCAUUCCCGAACAAAUUAUACUAGACUAACAAAACUAAUUCCUAACAAAUAACUAACUAAAUAAAUAAUGAAUGAUUACGGCAAAAAUAAAUAAAUAAAUAAAUAAAUAAAUAAAUGAAUAAAUAACGAAAAAUUUAACAAAUAAAAAAAAAUAAACAAAAACUUAAUCCCUAAGUGACACCAGCCGAUUGCUAUUAAAAUUAGGACAAGACACCACACAAACAUGUAGAUAUCUUAUCCUAAUUUUAGACAUUUACGAACAAUAAUUUUAAUUUACAAUAUUUACAAAAUUUUCAUCCAAACUGGCCCAAAAAUCACAAUUUUUAUUGUAACCAUUAAAUGAAUGGUUACAGGGGUAAGGACUUAUAUGUUGUCAGUUUGUACUGGCCUCAGAGAGUUGCAGUGAACCAAAGCCACCUAGAGGACCUGUGCUCAGUGCUACCUGAACCAAGGUUGAUCCUGGGUGACUUUAAUUCACAUGGGACUGUGUGGGGGGAGCAAACUGACGAUAGUCGUUCUACUCUUAUCUAUGACAUUUGCGACAGUUUCAAUUUAACAGUUUUGAACACGGGUGAUAAAACACGGGUACCUAAACCUCCUGCUAGACAAAGUGCAAUUGACCUCUCACUCUGCUCAAAUUCACUAUCAUUGGAUUGCCAGUGGAAGGUAAUCCCUGAUCCCAAUGGUAGUGAUCACCUGCCUAUCAAAAUUACAAUCACCAAUGGGGUUAACGCUUCAAAUUCAACAAAUAUGGUAUAUGACCUCACAAGACACAUCGACUGGAAAAAGUACUCGGACGCAAUUGUUUCAGCCAUCCAUUCUGUGGAAGUGUUACCUCCGUUGGAGGAAUAUACCUUCCUUGCUUGCUUGAUCCAUGAUAGUGCAAUUAAAUCUCAAACGAAACCCAUCCCAGAUCCAUCUGUUCGCCGAAGGCCUCCCAAUCCAUGGUGGGACAGUCAGUGUACUAAACUUUACGUGGACAAAUCGAACGCUUUUAAAGUUUUUCGGAAACACGGAACCCUGGAUAACUUCAACGCGUAUUUUUCUCUUGAGCAGCAAUUUAAAAACUUGAUCAAGGGGAAAAAACGUGCGCAUUGGCGUAAUUUUGUGGGAGGUUUGUCGCGGGAAACAUCCUAAGCACUUUGUGGAAUGUGGCACGCAGCAUGCGUAAUCGUUCUCACACGAACGAAAGUGAAGAACAUUCGCAUAAAUGGAUUUUCAAUUUCGCACGGAAAAUCUGUCCAGAUUCCACACCAGUGCAAAAAAUCAUCCGAAGUGUGUCUCCGAACAGAUGCGAUCUGGAUUCCAGCUUUUCAAUGAUGGAACUCUCACUUGCUCUCCUCUCUUGUAACAAUUCAGCUCCGGGAGUUGAUAAAAUCAAAUUUAACUUGUUGAAAAACCUUCCGGAUGCCGCCAAAUUUCGCUUGUUGAAUUUAUUUAAUCAAUUCUUGGAGCAUAACAUUGUUCCCGAAGAUUGGAGACAAGUGAGAGUUAUUGCCAUCCAAAAGCCUGGGAAACCAGCUUCCGAUUUUAAUUCGUACCGUCCAAUAGCGAUGUUGUCUUGCAUUCGGAAAUUGAUGGAGAAAAUGAUUUUGUUCCGAUUGGAUAAAUGGGUGGAAACAAAUGGUCUCCUUUCAGAUACUCAAUUUGGGUUUCGAAGGGGCAAAGGGACAAAUGAUUGUCUUGCUUUGCUGUCUUCAGAGAUACAAAUGGCGUACGCAAAACGUGAGCAAAUGGCUUCAGUGUUUCUAGACAUAAAGGGAGCUUUUGAUGCAGUCUCAAUAGAGGUUUUGUCUGACAAGUUGCACUCCCGGGGUCUGCCUCCCCUAUUGAACAACAUCUUAUACAGCUUGCUUUGUGAGAAACAUCUGAACUUUGCUCACGGAGAUAUUUCAAUUAGAAGGACCUCUUAGGCCGAUGACAUAGUGAAUACGAUGCGAUGCGAUGCGGUGAAUGCGAUUCAAUGCGGUGAACCACAUUUGAUGAAAAUGUAUGUGAAUCGCUUAAACCUGACAUAGUCAACGCGGCGAAGCAGAUGUCAAUUUGUUCCGCCGCUCGAGUUCGCGUAGGCUGCGUCCGUAAAUUUUCCGCCAAUUCGCAUCGCAUCGCACUCACUAUGUCAUCGGCCUUACAUGGGCCUCCCGCAAGGUUCAUGUUUGAGUCCUCUUUUGUACAACUUUUACGUAAGUGACAUCGACAGUUGUAUCUCCGAAGGUUGCACACUAAGACAACUUGCAGAUGACGGCGUAGUGUCUGUCACAGGAUCUACUGAGUCUCAUCUGCACAGACCUUUACAAGAUACUUUAGACAGAUUGUCAACCUGGGCUUUGGGGCUUGGGAUUGAGUUUUCUCCACAGAAAACGGAGAUGGUUGUUUUCUCUAAGAAGCGUAGACCUGCUCAACCUAAGCUUCAUCUCCUAGGCAGAACGAUCACUCAAUCGAGGUGUUUUAAGUAUCUUGGGGUUUGGUUUGAUUCCAAAUGUACCUGGAGAGCCCACAUUGAGUAUCUGAAAGGAAAAUGCCAACAAAGAAUCAAUUUUCUCCGAUCAAUCACUGGCACUUGGUGGGGAGCUCACCCAGAAGAUCUUUUAAAAUUGUAUCGAACAACAAUUCUCUCAGUUAUGGAAUAUGGUAGCUUCUGUUUCCAGUCAGCUGCUAAAACUCAUCUCAUCAAACUCGAGCGUAUCCAAUAUCGUUGUCUCCGCAUCGCUUUGGGCUGUAUGCCUUCUACGCAUAAUAUGAGUCUUGAAGUUUUGGCAGGCAUACUCCCACUAAAAGAUCGAUUCAAUUUGUUAUCACUCCGGUUCCUCAUCAGGUGUGAGGUCAUGAACCCAUUGGUGACCGCAAAUUUUGAAAAACUUCUUGAGCAAAAUCUUCAAACCAGAUUUAUGUCUAUAUACCAUGUCUUCAUGUCCAUGCAGGUAAUCCUUCUUCAUAUUCUCCAACUCGUGUUUACAUCCCAGACUACGACAACUCUUCUGUCCAGUUUGAUUUGUCUAUGCAGCAAGAAAUUCGUGGAAUCCCUGAUUCACAUCGUCCACUUCUGAUUCCAAGAAUUUUCGAUGCUAAAUAUAGACACGUCGAUGCUGACAAAAUGUACUUUACAGAUGGGUCACUUAUAGAGGAAUCAACGGGAUUUGGAGUUUUUAACGAAAUAGCUACUGCCUCAUAUAACCUCCAUCCACCAUGCUCGGUAUACAUCGCAGAAUUAGGAGCCAUUUACUGGGCGUUGGACAGCGUCGUUUCAAGGCCAGUAGGACACUACUAUAUUAUAACGGACAGCCUCAGUUCUGUUCAAGCAAUCCGUUCAAUAAGACCAGGAAAGCACUCACCGUAUUUCCUCGGGAAGAUACGGGAAACUCUGAGUGCUUUAUCAAGACGUUGCUUUGCCAUCACCUUCGUUUGGGUCCCCUCACAUUGCUCGAUAUUGGGUAAUGAGAGGGCGGACUCUCUGGCAAAGGUGGGGGCGAUGGAAGGCGACACAUAUCACCGUGAAAUCGUCUUCGACGAAUUUUACUUCAUAGUUCGAAGGAACUCCCCAAGCAACCAAAAGUCGCGUUCUCACUUAAAGAUGGAACCCCGAAGUUCACAUUUGGCUGAGAAAAUGUUUUACGGGAAUUUCAGGUGACUCAUGUUACGUAGAAGUUAUUCAGGAACUUCUAUCGCCUUUUGAAAGGUUGAAAUAUCGUGACGGAACUUUUAAGCGCUUUUAAUGGAACUUCUUUAAAGAAGGUCGGUAGCGUUCGCUAAGCACUUUCUAAGAUAACUUCAGGUGUUCCAAGGAACUUAUUUGGGAAAUCUAAGAUACUUCUAGGUAUUUAAAGGAACUUAUUAGGGAAUUCUAAGCGACAUGUCAAAUAUGUCUGUCAAUUUUAUGUCAUGGUAUUUGUUUUGUUUAUAUCAGUACUCAUGUUUAGAAUGGAGUUCAACGCAAAAUGAAAAAAAAAUGUCUGAGGUUGAAACAAAUAUUUAAAGAAUUUUCCGGAUUUUUAACAUUGAAGUUUUUAUAU